CUUCACCAACAAAUGACACUUCUUUACCUGACGGAAACGGUGGUCCUGUAUCCCACACCCAUACACGAUUAUUUUUGAUAGAAUGGCUGUUCGUCGUCGCCGAUAUUGAAUCCAGCGGCAGCCAGACUGAGGAAUAUCACUCUCAGACCUCAUGCCCCACCGCAUAAUUACGGCGAACCUUAACGUCCUCAAUAGCAGUUUGCAACAACUGCGGUUCCUGCGAUGUCGACCACGACUCUCAAGCGUCAUCACAGUACAGAAACACGCGCUGUUGUGGGACAUCACUGAUGUUUCUGAGAUGAACCUCGAUCUGAGAUAGCGCCUGGGGCGCUUGAACUCAACCACUUUCCAGAAUGAUUGGAUUUAUGGACUAUAUUGUCCACGCCUUCGGGACGUCGACCGAUUGGAAUCCCGACAACAGCUAUUCGUCUCUGACCGCAACCUCAGACGCAUUGCUCUCGUUCCAGACUCCCUCGACAUUGUCCUUACAUGUCUCGUCUUUGAGCACCCCGAACUUUGCAUCCUCAUACACCUUGUCGACUCUGGGACACAUAGACGGCUCUAUAUCCUACCUCUAUUCGAGCGUUCCACUGGGCCACGUUCCCUCCGAAGCACCUAGCAUCCCCUUGAAAUAUUUGACCCCGGGAUACCGAGAUAUAAGGCUCCCCCUUGCUUUCCCGCCGGGGGCGAAGAAGAAAAUACCCAACUUUCUGAGCGAAGAUGGGAGGAAGCCGAUUUUGCUGCAUGCGACGCUGGAUCUUCCCCCUCCAUCAGUUCUGACGGCGUUAUAUGCACGGCGCAUAAGUCCCGAGACUCUUCUGUCCGUCUCCAUAUAUAGCAAAUCAGCCUCGACUCCAGUGACGAACUCAGCUCCUCCGCCGGCCUCGGUCCUUGCCCACAUCCAGCACGAUGCGGGCCAAUAUUCAAUCGAGGGACUGGGAUCGACAGACAAUGGCCUCCUGGGGGUCAGAGGCCUCUGGAAUUUUGGCCUUAGCCCACCUGAUACGCCAGUUGUCUCUCCAUCGACACCCACUCCGUCGUCGGAAAAUGCAGGCGCAAUAGAUAGCUUCACAGAAUUCCCUUCACCAGGACUGAGCACUCCGCCGCACGCGGAUGCAUUGACUGCAUAUCAAAAUCGCCUUGCCGCUAAACCAUCCCUGUUAUCUGCUGGCGCAGAGUUCUAUUACAGCCCGCUUUCACACGUCAUUGGCCUCUCGACAGGCUUGCGCUUCACCACCCUCACACCGCAUAUAACACCGUCUGAGCGACCUCCUCAGCCUAAUCAUUCAUCCAACAAGCCGCUGGUAGGAACGUCUGCCGCCAUCCUCUCUACAGCAUCUCACACCUUACUCACUCCCUCAAACGUACCGCAUUCUUCGUUUCCAUAUACCAUGACCUUGACAUUGACUCCUCUCACUGGGUCAAUAUCGUCCACUUACUCUGUGCGUCCAACAUCGGCACUGUCCCUUUCGUCUCGGUUCGACUUUAACUUUUAUUCCUGGGAGUCUCGGUAUGUUGUGGGUGGAGAAUUGUGGCGACCCCGACGCCGGGCGACCUCUUCUUCGUCAGCGCCCUCCCGAGAUAUAGACAACGACUCUACGGCCACCGGCCCUGACAGCGAAACAAAUGGGGAUCCAAUUCAAUGGGCACGCACUCUCACUAGAGACUGGUUCACCCCGACCGAACGCUCUCUUAAGGAACAGCGGAUUGAACGGGAAGAAGAGAACGUGCUGAACUUUCGGGUGGACGAUUCUUGGAAUGUCAAGGCGCUGUGGGCAGGGAGAGUGAAGAGUUUGCUUGUGGAGGUCGGAGUCUCGGUACAUCCUGUUAGUGGAACUGCAUCUGGCGGAUUUGGGACCAGCGGAACAAGCGCGGGAUCUGGGAGUGGGAAAAAGAGUAACGGGCAUCUGGGGGGAGUUGCAUAUGAUGGAGGGGGAAUCAAGAAAUGGACGGGCAAGGUGGGCGUGAGCGUUGUCUACUCCACCUGAGUGGUAUUGAUCUGGGCCUGACCUGCGAUGUAUCCUCGUGGCCAGUCCUACAACACAGCAGGCACGGACAGUGACUUUCCUACCGCUUUAUGCUUCGUGAGCGAUGGCGUUGGCGGCAGGAUUUGGUCCGCUCCCGUUCUGGGAGAUGGGACCAUAUAUUAUACCCAUACUCUACGAGACAAUGAGACUUCAAAAAGCAAGCCAUGAAAUUGGUUCUAGACUUC